UGCCUGUGGUGUGUGGUGUGGGGGGGAAGGCCUGGGGCAGCAGGAGCAGGACAGCCAGACAGACAGGCCGGACGGGGUACCAGCACCCCGAUUCCUCUCCCUGGGACACUGUCCACACUCCGAGGGCCAUAGGCCAACCUGAGCCAUGGGUGCUGAGAAGGAGGUGCUGGUCACACUGUCAGGGGGAGCCCCCUGGGGCUUCCGACUUCAGGGGGGGGCCGAGCAGAGGAAACCUUUACAGGUAUCCAAGAUCCGAAGACGGAGCCAGGCUGGCAGAGCAGGACUCCGAGAGAGGGACCAGCUUUUGGCCAUCAAUGGGGUCUCCUGCACCAGCCUCUCUCACGCCAGUGCCAUGAGCCUCAUCGAUGCCUCAGGGACUCAACUUGUCCUCACUGUGCAGAGGGUAGAGGAAGAAGGGCCUGUGCGAUCUCCAUCCCCUGGUGAGCUUCAGGUGCUGUCACCUUUAUCUCCGAUGAGUCCUGAGCCCCCUGGUGCUCCAGUUCCCCAGUCUCUUCAGCCUGGGAGCCUCCUCUCACCCCCUGAUAGUGAGGCUUACUACGGAGAAACAGACAGUGAUGCUGAUGGCCCUGCCACCCAGGAGAAGCCCCGCCGACCCCGCCGCCGAGGCCCCACAAGGCCCACCCCUCCGGGAGCCCCACCUGAUGAGGUCUACCUGUCUGACAGCCCUGCAGAGCCGGCACCUGCUAUCCCUGGCCCUUCCAGCCAGGGUGACAGCCGUGUGAGCUCCCCAUCUUCGGAGAAUGGGGCCACCCUUAAGCCACCACCAGCCGAGGCCCUGCUGUUGCCCCAUGGUACCCUCCGGCCUGGCCCUCAUCUCAUCCCUAUGGUGGGGCCUGUUUCCCACCCGGUGGCAGAAGAUCUUACUACCACCUACACCCAGAAGGCCAAGCAAGCCAAACUGCAACGGGCAGAGAGCCUCCAGGAGAAGAGCGUGAAGGAGGCCAAGACCAAAUGCCGGACGAUUGCGUCCCUGCUGACGGCAGCCCCCAACCCCCACUCCAAGGGGGUGCUUAUGUUUAAGAAAAGACGGCAGAGAGCCAAGAAAUACACCCUGGUGAGCUUUGGGUCUGCAGCUGGGACAGGCGCCGAGGAGGAGGAAGACGGGGUCCCUCCAACGAGCGAAUCGGAGCUGGACGAGGAGGCCUUCUCCGACGCCCGCAGCCUCACCAACCAGUCCGACUGGGACAGCCCCUACCUGGACAUGGAGCUGGCCAGGCCGGGCUCAGGCGCAGCCGAGGGCCCGGGCCCGGGGCCGGGCGGGCAGCUGAGCGAGGCCUCGGGGCGAGGGGUCCAGCUCUUCGAGCAGCAGCGCCAGCGCGCAGCCUCCAGCCCCCAGGAGCCGGCGGGGGACGGGCCCGCAGCCGGGGACGCGCCGGGAGCCGCGCUCCACGGGCGCGCCCUGCAGUCACCCCCUCGGGCCCAGAGUGCUCCCCCCGAGGCGGCCGGGCUCCCCGCGUCGCCAGGCCCUUUGGGGGGCCCCGGACCCUUCCUCCCAGGCGGUGGAGCCCCUACCCCAACUCCCAGCAUCUUUAACCGGUCAGCCCGGCCCUUUACCCCGGGCUUUCAGGGGCAGCGUCCAGGGACCACCUCGGUCAUUUUCCGGCCCGUGGCCCCCAAGAGGGCGAGCGAAAGCCUGGGCGGCCUCAGCCCUGCUCCACCACCUUUCCUGGCCUCUCCUCAGGGGCCCGCCGCUCUGCCCAGCUCCACCCCCGGGGUUCCCAGCCACCUGCCAGCCUCCAGUUCCCCCGGCACCCCGCGCUCUUCGGGCCCCGUGACGGCCACCAGCUCCCUGUACAUCCCAGCCCCGCAUCGUCCUGUGACGCCAGGCGGGGCCCCCGAACCCCCCGCUCCCUCCAGCACGGCUGCCAUGACCUCCACCGCUUCCAUCUUCCUGUCGGCGCCUCUGCGACCCGCUGCGCGCCCAGAGGCGCCCGCCCCCGGCCCCGCCGCCCCCGAGCCCCCCAGCGCGCGGGAGCAGCGCAUCUCCGUGCCAGCCGCUCGCACGGGCAUCCUUCAGGAGGCCCGGCGUCGGGGGACUCGGAAGCAGAUGUUCCGGCAGGGGAACGAGGAGACGAAGAACUCGCCCAACCCCGAGCUGCUGUCGCUGGUGCAGAACCUGGAUGAGAAACCCCGGGCCGGGGGUGCGGAGUCUGGCCCGGAGGAGGAUGCGCUGAGCCUGGGGGCUGAAGCCUGCAACUUCAUGCAGCCACCAGGGGGCAGGAGUUACAAGACCCUGCCUCACGUGACACCCAAAACCCCGCCCCCCAUGGCUCCUAAGACCCCGCCCCCUAUGGCUCCUAAGACUCCACCCCCUAUGGCUCCUAAGACUCCACCCCCAGUGGCUCCCAAGCCCUCAUCUCGAGGGUUCCCCGAAGGGCUAGUGAAUGGGGCAGCCCCUUCCGCUGGAAUCCCUGAGCCACCCAGGCUUCAGGGCCGGGGUGGGGAGCUAUUUGCCAAGCGGCAAAGCCGAGCGGACAGGUUCGUGGUAGAGGCCGCACCUAGUCCUGGCCUCGGCCCUCGGCCCCGAAGCCCUUCUCCUACUCCCUCGCUGCCCCCUUCCUGGAAAUACUCACCCAAUAUCCGAGCCCCGCCUCCUAUUGCUUACAACCCACUGCUCUCACCCUAUUUCCCCCAGGCUGCCCGAACUCUCCCUAAUAAGGCCCAAUCCCAGGGGCCGCGGGCAACCCCCAAGCAGGGCAUCAAGGCUCUGGAUUUCAUGCGGCACCAGCCCUACCAACUGAAAACUGCCAUGUUCUGUUUUGAUGAGGCUCCCCAGACUCCUGGUCCCACCUCCUCAGGGCCCCCCAAAACGGCCCGAAUCCAGGAGGUCCGCCGAUUUUCCACGCCAGUACCCCAACCCACUGCAGAACCCCUGGCCCCCACUGUGCUUGCCCCCAGAGCAGCCACUACAUUGGACGAGCCCAUCUGGAGGGCAGAGCUGGCCUCAGUCCCUGUCCUCAGCCCAGCCCCUCCUCCAGAGUCUCCCAGGGGUCUUGGGACCUCACCCAGCUCCUGUGGCUUCCAGGUAGCCAGGCCCCGGUUUUCAGCCACCAAAACGGGAUUGCAGGCUCAGGUGUGGAGGCCUGGUGCAGGCCACCACUGAACAGGGCACAGCUCCCAGGACCAAGGAGAACUAGUUGCUUCCCCAGUUACUAAAGUUGCUUCUCCUACCUAAUCCAACCCCUCUCUCGGGCAUUUGGAGGUUAAAUUCCCUCCUGCCAGAGGUAGUUUUGGAGUUGGUAUCCCAUCCCGGUUCCUCCUGACUCCCAACCUCCCUGCUGCUUUCCAGCCUAAUACUUCUGCUUUGGUAUCUGUGCUUCUCUUUGUCUCUGUAGUUUCUUGCCUGGAUCUUUGUCUUUAUCUCUAGGUCUCUCCACCCAUGUGCCCUCACUGGUCUGUAUUUCUCUACUUUGUUCUUUUCUCUGUGAACUUCAUAACAUUCAAUGAGAAGCACACAGAGAAGCUACCACUGAGCACUCAACAAGAAUCUCACCACCAGGCAGGCAGCGAUGAAACUGAAUUGAUCCUUGUUUGCUCUAAGUUAGUCUCUGCUGCUCACCUUCUCCAAACCUGGCUGGCAUAUACCUCGGCAUGUAUGUAUGCGUAUGUAUGUGUGUACGCAAGGGCACAGAUGUGCUCUUCUGUCUGAGGCAAGAGCAAGAGGACAGAGCUAAAUAAAGACCUGAUGUGGGCCUCACCCUUGCACCGAUGAAAGAAGGGUGAGAUGACCCCACAUGGAUAAUCUAGGGGAGAAAGAGGUUCACUACAGUUGAAGACUAGUAACUGGUAUACAGCAUCUUGUGAAACGUAUGGAGUAUGGGGAGAUGUGAAGGACCAAGGCAGUUUGUAUGGGCUGCAUUAUACCAGUCAGAUCAGGAAUCGAACUAAAAAUUCUAUUCCUCAGGAUUUCAGACAGGUAGCAACUUGACAGGCCCAUGCUGGGCAACAAGCACCCAGGAAGUGAACCAAAAGAAAAAUGUCCUCUGAGAAUGAACAAAUCAGUGGCGUUACGUCCUCUAAGCCUCGGAGAGACAGAAAGAAAAGAGCCAUGGUGUGGAAAAUGAGGCAGAAGCAGGAGCAGAGCAGGAAUUAAUGAAAUCGAUGGAGCCACAAAGAGGAGCAUGGUGAGAGAGUGAGAAUGCAGUGUUGGCAGAGAGUGAAGUUAGGUAACAAGAAACCAACUGUGGGCAAGAGGAGGAUUUGGGGGGAAUUGUGAUGGAGAAGAAUGCAUUUGUUAGAGUGAAGUGGAUGAUGGUGGGGGGAUGUCAGAGUAUAUACUGAGUGUUGAAAAAACAGUUGGUAUCUGUGCUACCUCCCUUGAGUCUGUCCCUCUGUCUUCUUUUUUUAAAUUUAAAAGUAUAUAUUUUAUUGAUUUUUUUACAGAGAGGAAGGGAGAGGGAGAGAGAAUUAGAAAUAUCAAUGAGAGAGAAACAUCGAUCAGCUGCCUUCUGCACACUCCCUACAGGGGAUGUGCCCACAACCGAGGUACGUGCCCUUGACAGGAAUCGAACCUGGGACCCUUCAGUUCACAGGCCGGCGCUCUCUCCACUGAGCCAAACAGGUUAGGGCUGUCCCUCUGUCUUCUGCAGCUUGUCCUGACUACCUGGGAAAGGUCGAGGAAACACCUAGAGCCAACCCUCUUUUCAGUCCUACCCUACCCCUCAGACCCUAACUCUUGUUCCCUUCCAGCUCCAGGUCCUGAUCUCUGAUCCUAGAGGAGUGGAGACUCCCCUUUCACCAUGACUCCCAAGGGUCACGUUUGCUGCUUGAUCUGGAAAUUGAUCAUUUCUUUUGCAUAUUGGGUGUGAGUCACAGUACUUUUGUUUGUGCACAAGAAUAAACUUAUACCCCACA